GCUAGCUAGCAUCUCCUAGCUAGCAGUCAGUGCAGUUCAGCUGUGUGUUGGAUGAGGUGUGGUGGACAGAGGAGAUGUGGUCCUUUUUUGCCAGGGAUCCUGUCAAAGACUUUGCUUAUGAAAUUCUCCCAGACACCCAGGAGAAGUCUGGAAUAUGGACUCUCCACCGCGGGAAGCGAAAGACCAAUGGGGAGCCAGUGUCUGUGUUCCUGUACGAGGUAGCACAGGGGACAGAGCAGCAGACACAGCUAGCCAAGGCUGCCUUCAAGCGUAUGAAGACCCUGCGGCACCCUAACAUCCUGGCUUAUGUGGACGGAUUGGAGACAGAGACAGAGAAGAGCCUGUACCUGGUCACGGAGCAGGUGACACCACUGGCAGUCCACCUGAAGACCCAGGCAGAGAAGGGUGGAUCUGGGGAGCUGGAGGUCUCCUGGGGUUUGCACCAGAUAGUGAAAGCUUUGAGUUUCCUGGUCAACGACUGCCACCUGCUCCAUAACAAUUUGGGUGUUUGGGCUGUUUUUGUGGAUCGAGCUGGAGAGUGGAAGCUUGGGGCUCUCGACCAUGUGGUCCCUGAGCAGGGUGACCCAAGCGGGGUCUCACUCCCUGCCCCCAAAACUGUUUACCCAGACAUGGAGAAAUAUGACCCACCAGAGAUGUCCAACAGCAGUGGAGAGAAGUGGGCAGGUGAGGUGUGGCGGCUGGGCUGCCUGAUCUGGGAGGUGUUCAACGGGCCACUACCUCGCACAUCCUCCCUGCGUUCACUAGGAAAGAUCCCAAAGGUCCUGGUCCCUCAUUACUGCGAGCUGGUGGGGGCUAAUCCCAGAGCUCGACCAAACCCAGCACGCUUUCUCCAGAACUGUCGAGCCCCCGGAGGAUUCCUCAGCAACAGCUUUGUAGAGAGCAACCUUUUCCUGGAGGAGAUACAGAUCAAGGAGCCAGCUGAGAAGCAGCAGUUCUUCCAGGAUCUGAGUGAAAAUCUGGACUCCUUCCCUGAAGACUUCUGUAAACACAAGGUCCUGCCUCAGCUGCUCACUGCCUUCGAGUUUGGCAAUGCAGGGGCUGUCGUCCUCACGCCGCUCUUCAAGGUGGGCAAGUUCCUGUCAGCAGAAGAGUACCAGCAGAAGAUCAUCCCCGUUAUCGUGAAGAUGUUUUCCUCCACGGACAGAGCCAUGAGGAUACGACUGUUGCAGCAGAUGGAGCAGUUCAUUCAGUAUCUGAACGAGGCCGCAGUCAACUCCCAGAUUUUCCCCCACGUUGUUCACGGCUUCACAGACACCAACCCUGCCAUCAGAGAACAGACUGUAAAGUCCAUGUUGCUGUUGGCGCCCAAGCUGAAUGAGACCAACCUGAACCAGGAGCUGAUGCGUCACUUUGCACGGCUGCAGGCCAGAGACGAACAAGGCCCGAUCCGGUGCAACACCACCGUCUGCCUGGGCAAGAUCGCCUCCUACCUCAACGCAGGGACUCGACAACGUGUUCUGAUUUCUGCCUUCUCACGAGCCACUAAAGACCCCUUCCCAGCUUCACGCUCCGCGGGUGUGCUCGGCUUUGCUGCCACACACAACUUCUACAGCAUAACAGAGAUCGCUGGCCGCAUCCUGCCCACCCUGUGUGCCAUUACUGUUGACCCUGAUAAGAGCGUCAGGGACCAGGCGUUCAAAGCCAUCAAGAGUUUCCUUUCCAAGCUGGAGACUGUUUCAGAAGACCCCACUAAGCUGGCUGAUAUAGAAAAGGACGUAACGUCAGGCGCUCAGGCUGCAGGUGCAUCUUCUAGCUGGGCCGGCUGGGCCGUCACUGGCAUGUCCACGAUAACUUCUAAGCUGAUCCGAAACGCUCCAGGGACAGAGGGGGGAGCGGCAGCUGAGGUUAGCGAGGCCGCUAUCGCCACCAGCCCUACCAGUGCCACUGAUGGAGCACCUGCACCCGAAGCCUCUGUGACUCACCAUGCUGCCUCUAGUCGUGCCAACCAACCACAGACUCAUGAAGCGACAGACAACGAUGAUGAGCCAAUAGGAGAUCGCUGGGAUGACGAGGAGGACUGGGGAAGUUUAGAGGAGCCAGAGAAAGCUCACACUGAGACGGAUGACUGGAACACUGACUGGUCAGGAAUGUCAUCAUCCAAAAAGAAGGCCAGUGACAGAGGGGUGGGCAAGUCGUCGUCCUCCGUGGCGGGGAAAAAGCAAAACGCUGACUGGAGCAGCUCAGGCUGGGACGCCGACGACAGCUGGUCCAACGAGAAGGAGGGACAGGGUCAGAGCUCCGCGGGCGAGGAGGGCUGGGGCAAUGACUGGGGGGACGAGGACACGGACACAACCUUGGCCGGUACGACGCUCCCCUUGCCCGAAGGAGUGCGGUUAGCCAGCGAGUACAACUGGGACAGCAGCAGCUCAGGCAAGGCGGCCAAUCAGAACGAUCUGUUCGCCAGCUUGUCCCAGAGAAACACAGCCGGAACUGCUGCCACCAUGACUGGAGAUGGUUGGGCUGCAGAGACAACAGGAGACUGGGGAGCUGAGGAGAGCUGGGAGUCAGUGGACGGGAACCAGGGUCUCAGCAAAGCAGAACUGUCCAAGAAGAAACGGGAAGAGAGAAGGAAAGAGCUGGAGGCGAAACGGGCGGAGCGCAAAGCUGCUAAAGGUCCUCUCAAACUGGGCGCACGCAAGUUGGACUGACGGGGAUGCGGAGAAAGAUUUGAGGGUGGGGAUGGAGGACAGCAGGGAAUUGACCCAGAGUGGUGGAUGGAGGCUUGACAUUCCACAAAGGACCAGACAGAAGUGUCAGCAGUGAGGAAAAUACUGUGAAGAGUCAGAGGGAAACGUUCCUGUUGGACAGAAGACGACUCCCAGCUUUGGGAUUCUCUGUCUGUCUUCAUUCAGGAACCGACAGAGGGAUGAAAAAGCAACAAUCCAGUGCUUUACGAGUGGAGCUGAGACAAACAGAGACAGAGCAGUGAUGAAGCAGCACAGAGCGGUGCUCCUCGCAGCCCGAGCUGAUCAAAAUGUCCCUUUUUUUAAACACGUAACUCAUAAACCUGCAGCUGUAAAGUAAAUGUAUAUAAAAAGUGCAUCUUGUCUUAAAAUGACACAAAGAAAUGACUUUUUUAAAGAACUGAGAAUAUAUAUAUAACAGGAUAUCCAACAUGUAUUAUUAUACUGAAUGUUUUUCAGUACACACACACACACACACACACAGUGGAUAUGAAUGUUUUAGUUCAGCUGUCACUAACUAACAGACUUAAAAUCGACCCAUGCAUGCCCUGUUGUAUUUGUGUGGCCUAACAAAAGGUUUCAUGGCACAGAGUUUACUUUGCACAUUCAACACUGUAUUUUACUGAACUGACCCAACAGAUGAAACGUUUGGUUUCAGAUCUGUAAAUGUGUGACAUGCACUGCAGACGCAUGAUGGAAACAAGAAGUUAAAUUGAUGCUGGUGAACUGGUUUCAAGGGAAAAUCAGUUUAUGUGUUUACAUGCCUUUUUCCUGUGUGUGUCCUCGUAGUGCUGUGGUGGAGGGGUGAUGAAAUCAAAGGAGUUUUAUUUUGAAAUCUGAAGGAGCCUGUAAGAUCCUGCAGAUCUCACUGAAACCUUUGGGAAGUCAGUUGACAGUACUGGGUGUAAUCAGGGUAAAUGAGUCCCCGAAAAAGUUCCUUUAACUCUUUUAUUUGUGCCUUUAUUUAACAAACAGAUCUGCUCUGUAGGAUCACGUCCAACAACUUCAGUUUCAUCAGAACAUUUCAGUCUGAUCUGUCUUUCUCCUUUCAGUGUAACCCCCAGAUCUCCUGUCUGUGUUGGAUGUGCUAUUGUUAGGUUUGGUGUUGCUCACCGUACAUGAUGCUGUACAGACACAAUCAGCAGUCAUCACCAUUGGAGCUAAUGUCCAGGUGAGGGGGGGGUCAGGUAGAGCUGUGUUUAGCUCAGGUGAACUGAGGAAGACUGGAUGCAACCUUUUGACAAGAAUCCAAAUGAUGUAGCAUGUGAGCUGUUCUAAAAAUAAAUAUAAGUUAAAAAAAAAA